AAAGGUGGACAAACAAAAUCAUCAAAUCUGUGCUGAGGAGGUGCCGAAAAUAUACUGAUAUGAUGAGUGAAUCAUGUGUGGAGACGCCAGAGGCUCCAGCUUGGUUAUCCAAGUUAGAAAGCCAAAGGGAAAAACUGAGCAAAGCUCGUCUGGGACAUGAUAGCGGUGCCGGCGCCCCCUGUAACUCCUGUGGAUCAGGUUGCCCUGGCUUAGAUUUACACUUCUGGCGCAAAGUAUGCAGAGCUUGCCACUGCAGUAAGGAUGUGCAUGAUGUUCAAGAUGAUGACUUAUCAGGGUGGGCUCAAUUUGAACUUCUUGGUACUGCCAAGCCUAAGAAAGCUUCAAUGCCGUUGAUUAAAAUACGUGGUGUAACUGAUAAACCUGUGAAACUUGAUUGGGUUCCACCGAAUGCCUCAACAGAAUUGGUAUCAGAAUACAUGUCUUGCUUGGGUCCCUUGGCUCCGGUAUCAGGCUCAGAAGCAGCUAAGAAAAGGCGCGCACAACUUCGCACACAACUGCCUCCCCACGACGUAGCCACUGCUGCAAGGCACCAUGCCUCAGAUCAAGAGAAAUCCGAACAUACAGAAUACAUUACUCGUAUUAAAGACCAUGUGGUGGGCAUGGGUAAUGUGGUGAGAGUGGGCCCUCUUCAAAAUGGAGAUGUAUACUGUGUCGAAAACAGCAAGACACAUACUGCAACUAAAUCCUAUGCAUUGCCAUUAAAGAUAUCAAAUACAUCUAGAGGUGUUAAAUAUAACAUCGUUCCCAAGAAUGCUUCCGAUAAGAAACUUGUGCUGGACUCACAAGGCAAUGUCGUUAGCAGCGCUGCAAACUUACCCGAUUAUAAAUCAAGCCCCAUCCUGAGUAGAUUAAUAAAAGAUAAACUUCAUGUGAUGCACAUUGAGUCUGACAGAAUUAAGAGUGCUGUGGAACAUGGCCCUGUGUAUGACAAAUUACUUAAGAAUCUGAAUGAAUUGAAUAUGUCUGUAUCUAAUGAUGUUUAUCUACAGCCUAUUAAGUUAUUUCGUGAUGAGUAUAAUAAGAAUCCCCAGUUUAAGGAGGCAGUCAAUGAAUUUGCUAAUAAAUCUCUGGGAGCCCAGAUAAUGCCGGACCUAUGGUCUGUAAGUAAUAAUAAUGUCAUGGGUACAGCUAAAUUACUUGACAGUAAGAUUCAAAAGGGAACAAUUUUUGCCCCUAAUGGUGAAAUUUGGAGCUGGAAACAUGAGCCAACAACACCUGAACAUAGUGGCACUAUAUGCUCCACAAAGAUAAAUCCUCAGUAUUCUACAACAAUGAAGCCAAUAAAUCAAGUGGAACCCCAGCAAACCGCUCCUCUAAGAGAAUAUCUUCGAACACAUUCCGAAGAGGAUAAUCCACCACCUCUACCCAAUUACAAUACAUAUCCAGGGGCUAUACCUUUACCUUCACAAAGUAAUGACUGGGAUAACACAGCUGAUAACAAACAGCUUGAUCAUUCCGACAAUCCUAUACAAGUUAACACUUACACUGAACAGCUAGAUCCAAUCCUUUCUCAAUUUGCUGAUAUGUCCCUUAAUCCUGAUGAAAUGGAAUUUAACAGAAAAUUAUACAAUGAAGGUGUGCCCUGUCAAAGAUGUGAAAAACCAAUGUUUGCUGGUGAAGUAGCGGUUAAAGCUGAUAGAGCUGGGCAAGAGGCUAUUUGGCACCCGCAAUGUUUCACAUGCUGUCAAUGUGGAGAACUUCUGGCUGAUCUUGUAUACUUCUAUUAUAAAGGGGAAAUAUACUGUGCCAGAGAUUUAGCCAAUGUGCUGGAGAUACCUCGUUGUGCUGGAUGUGAUGAAUUGAUAUUCACAAGACCCUAUACUGCAGCUGAAGGAAGAGCAUUUCAUGUACAGCAUUUCUGUUGCUACCAUUGUGAUGCACCACUUGGAGGAAAAAAAUAUGUUCCAGAUGAUAAAACUGGCCUUCCCAUUUGUCUUUCUUGUUAUGAUCAAUUUUAUGCUGAGCGUUGUCGUGCUUGCGGGGGUGUUAUUGGUCCCGAACAACAAGGAGUCUCCUGGAGUAAUAUGCACUGGCAUGCAGAGUGCUUUAUAUGCUCUGGCCGUAUGUGUGGCAAAAGCUUACUAAGCGGCCGGUUUGUAGUUAAACAAGAAAUGCCAUUUUGUAGUGUACCUUGUGUACAAAGUAAAAUUAAGUGAGUGCCAAGAUAGAUUUUUAAUUCAAAAAGAAAAAUUAUAUUUUGAUAUAAAUUUUAUAU